GGGUUGUUGAGGUCUCUACAUAUUUGAUCUACACGUGAACGCUUGCUCCUCAAGGUUCUGAGCAGACGUAACGUUCAAAUGGCAGCUCCUGUCACACGUAACGACCAUAAAACAGAUUCCCUGAGGAUGGAGUUGGAAGAGUCGACAGAGAAAAGCAUCAUGACAUCAUUUCAUAACCAUGCACCAAGCUUCAUUGGUAGUGCUGCAACUAAUUGUGAUGCAACAUCCUUAUCCAGCUUGGAAGAAAACGAAGAUGAAAUUGAGCUACAGUGGGCAGCCAUUGAAAGACUACCCACUUUUAGACGGCUUAGGCUGUCAUUGUUUGACAAAAAGGAAGAUGGCGAAGGAGAGGAAGGCAAGAGGGUGGUUGAUGUUACCAAGCUUGAAGCUCUUGAACGCCAUGUUUUCGUCGACAAACUUAUAAAGAAGAUCGAGGAAGAUAAUUGCAGGCUGUUAAGCAAGUUUAAAGAAAGAAUGGACAAGGUGGGUCUGGAAUUGCCAACUGUGGAAGUGAGAUAUCGGAAUUUGUCUGUGGAGGUGGAAUAUGAAGUGGUUCAUGGAAAGCCCCUUCCUACUCUUUGGAACACCCUCAAGACUGCAUUUGGGGGUAUUGCAAAUAUUACGGGAUGCAAGUCGGUACGAAACAAGAUUAAAAUUCUCAAAAACGUCAACGGCAUCAUCAAGCCCUCAAGGAUGACUCUCUUGCUUGGUCCUCCAGGUUGUGGGAAGACCACUUUAUUACAGGCACUUACAGCGAAGCUUGACCAGUCCUUGAAGGUCGAGGGGGAAAUUUCAUAUAAUGGUUACAAACUCAAUGAGUUUGUUCCUCAGAAGACAUCAGUUUACAUAAGCCAAUAUGACCAGCACAUUUCUGAAAUGACUGUGAGGGAAACCCUCGACUUUUCUGCUCGUUGUCAAGGCAUUGGGGGCAGAGAAGAUAUCAUGAAAGAAAUCAGUAGAAGGGAGAAGGAAGCUGGUAUUGUCCCAGAACCGGAUGUAGAUACCUACAUGAAGGCAACUUCAGUUGAAGGAUUGAAAAGGACUCUCCAGACGGACUAUAUCUUGAAGAUCCUUGGACUGGACAUAUGUGCUGAUACAAUGGUGGGAGAUGCAAUGAGGAGAGGAAUUUCAGGUGGUCAAAAGAAAAGGCUAACAACAGGGGAAAUGAUAAUUGGUCCAACAAAAGCGCUCUUUAUGGACGAAAUAUCCAAUGGCUUAGACAGCUCAACCACCUUCCAGAUUGUUAGCUGCAUGCAACAAUUGGCACACAUAACAAAAUCAACCAUGUUGGUUUCACUUCUUCAGCCAGCUCCUGAGAUCUUUGAUCUCUUCGACGACAUUAUUUUGAUGGCAGAGGGAAAGAUAGUAUACCAUGGGCCUCGAGACAACGUUCUGGAGUUCUUUGAACAUUGUGGUUUUAGGUGCCCACCACGAAAGGGCAUUGCUGACUUCCUCCAAGAAGUAGUUUCUGAAAGGGAUCAAGGACAGUACUGGUAUCAUAAACAGCAACCUCAUAGUUAUGUUUCUAUCGAUAUGCUUGUAAAGAAUUUCCAGGAAUUUCAUGUGGGACAGAAGCUAGAAGGGGAGCUCUCCAGGCCUUUACAGAAAUCUGAAAGUCAUAAAAAUGCUCUGUCAUUCAGCAUCUACUCCUUAAGAAAAUGGGAACUAUUCAAAGUUUGUAUGGAUAGAGAAUGGCUGCUUAUGAAGCGAAACUUGUCUCUUCAUGUAUUCAAAUCAGUACAGCUCGUGGUCACUGCAUUAAUUACAAUGACAGUGUUCAUACGUAGUCGAAUGGAUAUUGACAUGGUCGACGGCAACCUAUACAUGGGUUCCUUGUUUUAUGCUCUAAUUAGAUUAAUGUGCAAUGGGAUUACCGAAUUGUCAUUGACUAUACAAAGAAUAGCAGUUUUCUACAAGCAAAGGGAUUUCUACUUUUAUCCUGCGUGGGCUUAUUCUGUUCCAGCUGCCAUUUUAAAGAUUCCGUUUUCAUUGCUAGAUGCAUUUCUUUGGACAGCUCUUACCUAUUACGUUAUUGGUUUCAGUCCUGAACCAGAAAGGUUUUUCUACCACUUCUUUCUUCUGUUCCUUGUUCAUCAAGUGUCUGUAUCAAUGUUCCGUCUGAUUGCUUCCAUAGUUCGGAAUCCAUCUAUUGCAUCAACAUUCGCUCUUUUCAUUAUAUUAAUCACAUUUCUAUUUGGUGGAUUUGUAAUUCGACAACCUUCGUUACCUUCUUGGUUGAGGUGGGGCUUUUGGCUCUCUCCACUGGCAUAUGCGGAAAUCGGUGCAUCUUUAAACGAAUUCCUUGCUCCGAGGUGGCAAAAGGUUUCAUCUUCCAAUAUUACAUUAGGUCAGAAAAUUCUCGAAAGCCGGGGACUAUACUUCAAUGAAUACUUCUAUUGGAUACCUUUAGGAGCAUUAAUUGGAUUCUGGAUAAUUUUCAACAUUGGAUUCACCUGCGCCCUCAGUUAUUCAAAAGCCCCUCGGAGAUCUCGGACCAUAAUUUCUCAAGAAAGGCUCUCCAAUAUUCUAAAGAGAAAACAAGAUUUGAGCGACUUUCCUCGCGCUGAAACACCAAAACCUGCCGCAGAAAUGGAGAAAAUCAAAAUGAUUUUGCCUUUCGAGCCCAUAACAAUAUCCUUUCAGAAUGUGCAAUAUUUUGUCGACACUCCUAAGAUAUUAAGAAAGCAAGGUCUUCCACAAAAAAGGCUGCAGCUUCUUCAUGAUAUCACUGGUGCCUUCAGACCUGGGAUUCUUACGGCAUUGAUGGGUGUUAGUGGAGCUGGGAAAACAACACUAAUGGAUGUUCUUUCUGGAAGAAAAACUGGUGGCAUUAUUGAAGGCGAGAUAAGAAUUGGAGGGUACCCUAAAGCCCAAAAGACGUAUGCUAGAAUAUCUGGUUAUUGUGAACAAACAGAUAUUCAUUCUCCACAGAUUACAGUAGAAGAGUCAGUAAUGUACUCAGCUUGGUUGCGGUUGCCAGCUCAGAUUGACAAUAGGACAAGAUCUGAAUUUGUAGCAGAAGUUAUUGAGAUGAUUGAGCUUGGUGAAAUCAGAGAUGAAUUAGUUGGCAUCCCUGGUGUUAGUGGUAUAUCGACCGAGCAGCGAAAACGGCUAACUAUUGCCGUAGAACUUGUUUCCAAUCCAUCUGUAAUAUUCAUGGAUGAGCCCACCUCUGGUCUGGAUGCCAGAGCAGCUGCAAUCGUCAUGCGAGUUGCAAAGAACAUUGUUAAUACAAACAGGACAGUUGUGUGCACAAUUCACCAGCCAAGUAUUGAUGUUUUUGAGGCAUUUGAUGAGCUCAUUUUGAUGAAACGAGGAGGACAAAUAAUAUAUUCUGGAGAGCUGGGUCAGAAUUCAAGUAAGCUUAUUGAGUAUUUUGAGGGCAUUCAUGGAGUUCCCAAAAUCAAAGAAAAUCACAACCCUGCAACAUGGAUGUUAGAGGUUACCGGUUCUUCUAUGGAAGCUCGACUUGGUUUAGAUUUUGCAAAUCUCUACAGGGACUCCCAUCUCUUCCAGAAAAAUGAAGAGCUAGUUGCUAGACUGGGCCUUCCAGAACAGGGUUCGAAGGAAUUGCAUUUCUCCACCCGAUUUCCACAAAAUGCAUGGGAACAAUUUAAGGCGUGCCUUUGGAAACAAGAAUUGUCCUACUGGAGAAGUCCAAAAUAUAACUUGGUUCGGUUGAUAUUUAUCAUCGUGUCUUCUUUGAUAUUCGGAGCACUUCUUUGGCAAAAAGGACAGAAAAUAAAUGGUGAACAGGACUUCUUCAACAUACUGGGAUCUAUUUUCAUCUUUAUUCAGUUCGCCGGAAUAGCCAACUGCUCAUCUGUUAUGCCAUUUGUAGCUACUGAACGCACCAUUGUAUACCGGGAAAGGUUUGCUGGAAUGUACUCUUCGUGGGCGUACUCGUCUGCACAGGUGAUUGUAGAAAUUCCAUAUAUAUUGCUCCAAGCUGUGCUGUUUCUGAUGAUUACAUAUCCAGCAAUAAAUUUCUACUGGUCAGCUUACAAAGUAUUUUGGUACUUCUACUCAAUGUUCUGCACAUUGCUCUAUUUCAAUUACCUGGGAUUGCUGCUUGUCUCAUUGACCCCAAAUUUCCAAAUGGCUGCAAUAUGGGCUAGUUUCUUCUAUACCCUCACGAAUUUGUUCUCGGGCUACCUUGUACCGGAACCGAAAAUGCCUAGAUGGUGGGCUUGGGGCUAUUGGAUUUGUCCAAUUUCAUGGUCCUUGAAAGGCCUUCUGGCAUCACAGUACGGUGAUAUAGAAGCGGAAAUCACAGCAUAUGGAGAGCGAAAAUCAAUCAGUUCCUUCUUACGAAGUUAUUUUGGGUAUAAACAAGAUGAUUUAGGUGUAGUGGCAAUUGUUCUUCUUGCUUUUCCAGUUUUCUUUGCACUCGCUUUCGCAAUUACCAUAGCAAAACUGAACUUCCAAAAAAGGUAAAGAUGGCUGUACAUGAACUUAUUCCUCGUGUAUUCUUCGGAUGAGAUACAAUAAUUUGGGUUGAGUAUACGUGAUUCUACCAAGGUUCAUCGAGUAA